AUGUGAUCUAACAACGUGAUAACAGUCUUAGAGCAGUACAACUCACAGCUUCAUCAUUGUCGAGGUGCGAAUGAACAAAGUCGGUUCUCGUUAGAUCAUACAGUUGGAACGUCUGGAGAUCAAGGUUAGAAGAGAUCGAUUCAUUCUGCGUUGCUAUUGUCAAUUGAUAAUCAUAGUAAGAUUGUGGCAAAUUGAAAUGUAGUGGUAAAACUGCUUGAGAAAAACAUGAUCUACAAAGGCCAGGCUAGACACCUCUUUUAUUUGAUGUCUGUCUAGCUUAGUGGUGGUCUUGCAACAUUGUUGCCGGUGUUCCUUUAGAUUAGAUAUAACGUAUUGAUGCAAAUCUGUGUUAGCUACGAUGUAUUAACGCAUCUUUGUUGUUUCCAGCACUCUUAAGUGCCAAAUGCCAAGACUAGAAGAACACUGUUGGAGUCGAUCCUGUGCAUCGAGGGUGGAAUCUAAUCAUUUUUCUGGGGGAAACUGGGUCGCAUCGAGAGCUGAAGAAAUGAUGUCCAUUGUCACGACAGUGCUCAGCAAUGCAUAUGGCUCGCUGCACAGUGUGCGAACAGCAAACUUGAUCAGACGGGGUCUCGUCCUUUUCACCGUGGGAGUAGUUCUUGCAUUGGUGCUCAACUUGCUGCAGUUACAAAGAAAUGUGACUUUGUUUCCCGAAGAGGUGAUGGCAACUUUGUUUUCAUCAGCGUGGUGGAUUCCCCCUUGCUGCGGCACGGCAGCUGGUGAGUUGUCACUUUUAAACCUAUAUCUUGAGUUAAUCAUUCUGUAUGAAUGAAUGAGGUUGCUAUAUGUACUUUAAAUAUGGAUCAAGGAAUGUGAAUUGGGCUUUGAAGGGGGGAGGGGUGGGAUAGGAUGGGGCUGGUCAGCUUGUGUGUUUCAUGAUGCCAUUAUAGGCAGCUAACUACAGCCUGGGCUACAUAAUCAUUUACCGUUUAUUCCAUCAUUGUUAUUGUUCUAUAUAUUCAUUGUGUAAGUGUUCUCGCAGCCAUGAGCCCAUAAUGGUGAGUGUUUUGUCUGGGGAAAACAUACAGUAGUAUUUAUAUUGCCCUCCAAUGCUCCAAUAGGCUUCCCUAGAAACAGCCGGAUAUGGAGGGUCAUUAGGGUUGUGCUUCUUUUUCAUUGGCUGCUUUCAUAACGGGUGAGCUGUGGAGGUGGUCCAUAAUUGGCUGCUGCCUCGAACAUGCCACUACAGAAAAAGAGAAACAAGGAAGUCGUGUGCAGUCAGAAUUAAAUAAAUAAAUAAUUUUCACCACCAACCCCUCCCUCAUGUUCUUGAGAAGUAGUGAUUCACAAAAAAAUAGAAAUAAGAAUGUUACAAUUCAAUUUGGAGACAAUGAUGUAACGUUUUUAUUUUAGUGAUACAAUGUUCCAGACUUGUCUUUUCACAGGUUACAGACAUGUUUGCAAUGACUGAUAGGCGGGAAAUAAUAAAGUGUCCCUGAAAGUGAAAGUAGAAAGCAAUCUUGUUGUUUGUUUCAUUUCUGUCUAUUUUGAUCCCAAAUUGAAACUCAAAGAAAUACCAUUUUCAAGCCCAUAGAACAAUAUGAGUCAGUUUGAUUUGUAUGUAGGCUAUUUAGUGAUGUACUAACUCAACUGUCCUUUCUGCAGCUGUUGUUGGCCUGCUAUACCCCUGCAUCGACAGCCAUCUAGGAGAGCCCCACAAGUUCAAGAGGGAAUGGGCCAGUGUCAUGAGAUGCAUCGCAGUGUUCGUUGGCAUCAACCAUGCCAGUGCUGUAUCCUUUCUAAACAACAACAACUUCACAAUGUGCACGCUCUCAUGUUGGCUACCUCCAAUCUAGAAAAGGACGGACACAUAUUUACACCAAAGUAAUUUUAUCACAUCCAGAGCUUAAACAAGGAUGAGGGUCUACUAAAUGUGUAAUUAAUAAUUGAGUAACAUUCUGUGAUUAGUUUGAUAUAUUAUAUUGUUGUUUUACUACUUUUACAGCCCCGAAGGCAAUUCAGCUAGUGUCAGUGGGACAGUGGGUGGAAUUCCCCACAGCAUUCCUGCUUGUUUUGAUUCCUUGACAUACCUUCCAAGUAUGUAUGGAACAGAUAGUUGCUUUAAACAUAUACACAGCUUGUGCCAACCACACUGUAAUGCUUUGAUGUAACAGUCAAACAAAUACUAUAUUUUAUAAACAUAUUUGAAGGGAUUUUUUUACUGAAGAGAUACUAAGAGAUGAUGACUGUGGGGAAGAGAGAGGUUGUGUCAAAGGGUAGUAGGCCUGGAUUCGAACCUAUGCAAACAAAUACAGUCUUUGUCCUUAACUGCUCCAUUUCACAGAAACUACACUUUGCCAAUAAUGCCCAGCUGUCCCUGACCCUGGCUGCCCUGUCCCUGGGACUGUGGUGGACGUUUGACCGCUCGAGGAGUGGCUUCGGCCUGGGCAUCGGGACGGCAUUCCUUGCCACCGUUAUCACACAGCUGCUGGUCUACAACGGCGUCUAUCAGUAAGUCAAGUCACGCUUUUAUUUUACCAUGUCACGCUAACUGAGAAGUUAACCCCACACUGUAAAUCCCAAGGCAUUUUUAACUCAAAUACUUCUAGUAAGUUUAACUCAAAGUAAAUGAAAAGUAAUUACUUAAAAUAUUUGUGGUACUGACUCAAAACUAAAUGACAAGUCACUUCAACUACAUUUUAAAAGUUAUGAUAACAAAUUAACUUUUUACCCAGCAUGCUCUACUGCAGGUUGAUUUUGUUUUGAUUAAUCUUCUGCUACACAAAGAUAAAUAUCAUCAAUUUUUCUAAAUUAAUCCAAUCAUUUAGUUGGAUUUUUUGCACCCGUUGCUGAAAUGGUUGUUCCAGUUUAAAUGGCUUAGGUAGUGUCCUCCCACUGUUCCUAACCCUGACAGUCAUUAUGUAUGCAGGUUGCGGGUGAAUAAAAAUGUAAACUGUUGGAUAUCCUAACUCUUGUUUUUUAUUUUAUUGUUACAUGUAUUUCUACACACAUUUUACAUACAUGGCACUUUUAUUUUUCUACUACAGUAGUUGCAUAGCAAGAAUAAAGUAAUUUGAUAUACAUUACAUCUGGAUAGAUAGUACUUAUACAUUAUACAUCGCGUUUUCAGUCUUAACUAUUAUUGAACAUGAUUUUAAAUUCACCCCUCAGCUACUCUGUCCAUCCCACCGAUCUCCGUAAACUGCCCUCUUAUGAUUUCCAUGUGCCAUAUAUUUUCAAAUGUUUAUUUUUCAAUUACUCAUCACUUUGCAAGCCAGCAAAAUGUGACUUGCAGGUAGGGUUGCAAAAUUCUGGUAAAUUUCCCAGGUUUUCCAGAAAUCCCGGUUGGAAGAUUCCUGGAAAUCCUCCAACCAAGAAUGUUUUUACAUCUGGGAAUUUUGGGAAAGUUACCAAAAUGUUGCAACCGUACUUGCAGUCCUGAUGUGGCCUGUAAACCAUGAGUUUCAGGCCACUGUAUUAGGGUAAAGCUAGGCCUCAAAAUAAGGCCUUAUGAGAAAUGUAAUGUCAUAAAGAGUUAUAAUAUUCACCUAGGAACUCACUUGAAGGCCACAGGACUGAAAAUGAACGAAUUCAACAACCAUUUCUCUGUCACUAACAAAUACAGUCAUGGGUGGUAACUCUACAAUUCACUCAAAUGCAAAGCACACUGGGAAAUUAUAUUGGAGGCGUGGCUUAGUGGGGGCGUUACAACUCAAAUCUGGACCACCUACAGGGUCACAGUGACUAUCGGUUUGAGGAGUAACUACAAAAUCACUUUAAGUAACUGUACUCAGAUAUAUUAAGUGCAAAGGGUUUCCUCAAAAGUUUUGAGUAAUGACAGCACAUUGGGGUUAACCGUGCAGACCAACUGUCAAAAAUGCAUUCACAAGAUAUAAGAUAAUAAGAUAUGCCGUUUUGGAGACGUUUUUAUUCAAAGUGACAUACAGUACUGCAAGUAUACAUUUUUUGUAUGGGUGGCCCCAGCGGGAAUAGAACCUAUAUUCCCGACGUUGCAAGUGCCAUGCUCUACCAACUGUGCUGCCAUGACCAUAUUAUGAUGUUAUUAUAUUUUGGUGGAUGUUAUGGUAUCAUUACUUACCUUAAAGUUUUAGUACAGCCAGUGAAUCAAAUAAGGUGUUUUUUGAGAAAAGAUGUCUAUCUCCUUUGUGAAUGACGUAUUAUUAAAGUGUAUUUUCUGGAACUGGUCUCAGUCACCUGAUUCCAGUAAAGAGGAUCUGACAGAUAAGACAUGAAAAUGAAAGCAAUUAUUUUUUGGUGAUACGGAUUCCCCCAUGCCUCUACACCCAAUUAUUGGCCCUCCUACCUGCCUCUGUGGCACCUCCUCAAAAACAUCCUGGGGAGAAGGAGCACUCUGUUGCUUCAGUGAGGGGCUUACAAAGAACUGUGUUCAAAAGGCCUCACAGCUUCUGUUGACUGAAGGGAAGAGAGAGAUGAAAUGGAGAGGGAGAGGAUUUUAUAUUUCUGCAUUAAACUUUAAUAAUGCUGCCUUCCCCCUUCCGAGAUCUGUUUUUGAAACUGUGUUUAAGUUGCCAUUCCUCUUUUAAGACUUGUCUCGACAUGUCUUAUUUGGGGCUAGAUUUGACUAUUGGGGCAGAUAUUUAAUUUAAUCUGAUGUAUUUUUCUCCCUCUCUUAUAGAUACACGUAUCCAGACUUUCUGUAUGUGCGCUCUUGGCUUCCAUGCAUAUUCUUCUCAGGAGGAGUGACUGUGGGGAACAUAGGACGCCAGCUAGCCAUGGUAAGUCCUGUCCCCUAUUUUCUUAGUCAAAUUCUGCUGGUUUGUAAGCACAUUAACACAUUGACAGCGCAUUGACAUGUUCAUGUGGUACGAACGUUUGUGAGAGAAAAGGCCUGACACAACACAAUGUCGGCUAUAAUGCCUUCAUCAGGUGUACGCCCGAAGUCUGUCCUUAUUCUGUGUAGAGUUCUUCACAGUCACGUCCAUUAUACGGUUCGACUGAAUUAAAGUGUGAAAACAAAAUUAAGCAUGUUGUUUUGUUUUUCACAGUAACAAGCCAGUCUUACAGCGAGUCCUAGAGCUAAAUGUACCAAAGGGUCAUUUGCUGCUUGUUGUUUUUGAUUGAUGGUGUUUGAAAUGUUGGCAGUUGGCACGAGCUUGCUUUCUUUUAUUUAUUUUUCUCUCACUCUUUUUCACUCUGUCUCUCUCUGAGAUGGAUUAAGACUGUUUACCUUUCAUUCAGUCUUUUAGAGUUGCCUUUGAAUUGUUUUCAAACUUGCAUCUUGUGUUUCUCAACAAAGCAGCCAGCUUGGUUGUGGCAGGAACGCGUUAGCACUAGAGUUCAGUCAACUGGGUUGCAUUCACUAGGCACGAAACAGAAGAAAAUGGACUGAAACAGUGAGGGACUACAAGAACUUGUCCAAUAUGAAACGGUUAUUUUGGUUUUUCAUUGCAAAACAUUUUGCUACAGUUUGCACUAAUAAAAACGACCCUGAUUAUUGUAGCUAAUAUUUGAUCGGGGCUUGGCUGGAGUAGCAUUUUAAAGGCCAUUAAGAAAGAGUAGUGGUUAGGAAUUACACAGUUAGAAGCCAUUUUUAGUGAUGUGUUAAUUUGAGCUUUUGUUCAUUAUACUUGUAGUUGUAGUAUAGUAUGAAAUCAGGCCAGCGAUUGAACUGUUGAGAAGCUGACUCAAGUUUUUGUGCUUCCAAAAGUUUGAAAUGACAGAAAUAUUGCCUUAAUAAAUAACAAUAUUGAAAGCGCUUUUCCUUUAAUCCUUCUUCAGUAGCCUACGUAUAACUGGUUAUGUAGCUUUACCUUUCUGUUUUAUGUGGUUGUUGUCAUCUACAGUGCCUUGCAAAGGUAUUCCUCCCCCUUGGCGUUUUUCCUAUUUUGUUGCAUUACAACCUGUAAUUUAAAUUGAUUUUUAUUUGGAUUUCAUCUAAUGGAUAUACACAGAAUAGUCCAAAUUGUUGAAGUGAAAUGAAAAAAAUAACUUCUUUCAAAAAAUUCUAAAAAAUAAAUAACGAAAAAGUGGUGUGUGCAUAUGUAUUCACCCCCUUAGCUAUGAAGCCCCUAAAUAAGAUCUGGUGCAACCAAUUACCUUCAGAAGUCACAUAAUUAGUUAGAUUGCACACAGGUGGACUUUAUUUAAGUGUCACAUGAUCUCAUUAUAUAUACACCUGUUCUGAAAGGCCCCAGAGUAUGCAACACCACUAAGCAAGGGGCACCACCAAGCAAGCGGCACCAUGAAGACCAAGGAGCUCUCCAAACAGGUCAGGGACAAAGUUGUGGAGAAGUACAGAUCAGGGUUGGGUUAUAAAAAAAUAUCAGAAACUUUGAACAUCCCACGGAGCACCAUUAAAUCCAUUAUUAAAAAAUGGAAAGAAUAUGGCACCACAACAAACCUGCCAAGAGAGGGCCGCCCACCAAAACUCACGGACCAGGCAAGAAGGGCAUUAAUCAGAGAGGCAACAAAGAGACCAAAGAUAACCCUGAAGGAGCUGCAAAGCUCCACAGCGGAGAUUGGAGUAUCUGUCCAUAGGACCACUUUAAGUCAUACAUUCCACAGAGCUGGGCUUUACGGAAGAGUGGCCAGAAAAAAGCCAUUGCUUAAAGAAAAAAAUAAGCAAACACAUUUGGUGUUCGCCAAAAGGCAUGUGGGAGACUCCCCAAACAUAUGGAAGAAGGUAAUCUGGUCAGAUGAGACUAAAAUUGAGCUAUAUGGCCAUCAAGGAAAACGCUAUGUCUGGCGCAAACGCAACACCUCUCAUCACCCCGAGAACACCAUCCCCACAGUGAAGCAUGGUGGUGGCAGCAUCAUGCUGUGGGGAUGUUUUUCAUCGGCAGGGACUGGGAAACUGGUCAGAAUUGAAGGAAUGAUGGAUGGCGCUAAAUACAUGGAAAUUCUUGAGGGAAACCUGUUUCAGUCUUCCAGAGAUUUGAGACUGGGACGGAGCAGGACAAUGACCCUAAGCAUACCGAUAAAGCAAUGGUUUAAGGGGAAACAUUUAAAUGUCUUGGAAUGGCCUAGUCAAAGCCCAGACCUCAAUCCAAUUGAGAAUCUGUGGUAUGACUUAAAGAUUGCUGGACACCAGCGGAACCCAUCCAACUUGAAGGAGCUGGAGCAAUUUUGCCUUGAAGAAUGGGAAAAAAUCCCAGUGGCUAAAUGUGCCAAGUUUAUAGAGACAUACCCCAAGAGACUUGCAGCUGUAAUUGCUGCAAAAGGUGGCUCUACAAAGUAUUGACUUUGGGGGGGUGAAUAGUUAUGCACGCUCAAGUUUUCUGUUUUUUUGUCUUGUUUGUUUCACACCCAAAAAAUAUUUUGCAUCUUCAAAGUGGUAGGCAUGUUGUGUAAAUCAAAUGAUACAAACCCCAAUUUUUAUUCCAGGUUGUAAGGCAACUAAAUAGGAAAAAGUGGGGUGAAUACUUUCACAAGCCACUGUAUGUCAUUUUGUCUGUAAAUGUUGAUGGUUUAAUUUUGUCUUUAGCGCUCUUGAAUGCAAGAAAUAUUCCUGUAUAAGACCAACUAAGUUCUGGGACGUACAUUAUGUUCUGGUAUGGUCUACAUAUGCUUAACACAUGACUCAGGGCUCUGACGGGAUGUUCUAAAUCAGGAGAAACAGGAAGAGGGAGAGGGAGAACUCUCUCUUCUAGACACGUAUACCAUUUAGGGGGGUUAGGGAGGCCUUGAGGAAGGGGUAUCACAAUUUACUGCAACCCCAGUUUUAGAUAAUCUUUUCACAGUUGGACACCAUGGUCCACUGUAUAAUAGCCCUAUAGUCUACUGUCAAGAACUGCAGAACUCAGCCUUAUGUUAAAGUCAUCAAUAAUGUUCUUCUCCGAUCCCCAUUGUGGAUGUUACCACUGUAGGAAGAUGUCUGUUGUUUGCUGAUAUUGAUUCAGAUGUAGAGCAUGAUAUAUGAACAUGGGCUUUCCUCUCUCUCCCUUCAGGGUGGUGUCGAGAAACUCCACAACGACUGAACAGAGAUCAGCUGAAGAGGAGAAAGAAGGAAGACUGACAAUAUGGAGAGCAGGCGUAACGGAACCAAGUCUGCCGUCAUGGGGAGAGACAUUUAAAUUAGAAAGAAAAUAGACUCUUAUUAUUUUGUUACUACUUUUCUGUGCGUUAUAACAAAGAGCUAGCCAGAACACCCUUGACCUAACGUGCCAUGACUUCUGCACCUCCUGGUGGCCAAAAUAACUUAUAGUAUUAGGCUAGCAGUUAGCCGCUAUGCUAUCCCUAUUAGGGUCCAUGUAGCAUUAGUCCUGAAGCUAGCCGCAAAGCUAUCCCUGUUAGGGUUCAUAUAGCAUUAGGAUAGCAGUUAGACGCUAGGCUAUACCUGUUUGGGUCCAAAUAGCAUUAAGCUAGCAGUUAGCCGCUAGGCCAACCCCGUUUGGGUCCAUAUAGCAUUAGGCUAGCAGUUAGCCGCUAGGCUAUACCUGUUUGGAUCCAAAUAGCAUUAUGCUAGCAGUUAGCCGCUAGGCUAUCCCUGUUUGGGUCCAUAUACCAUUAGGCUAGCUUCUAGCCACUAGGUCCUCCCUCACUAUGGCAGGACAGUAUUUGCCCUUCCAGUUCUUCGAAAUGAAAAGUUAACUGGUUUCAGUUUUACAGUGUAAGAGUGAACUAUUCGCUUUUUGCAGGUGUGUGUGUGCACGUGUGGAUUUGUGCAGGUCUUAACAGAAAAGAUGAGGUGAAAAGGUGGUGCUACAAUGUUUGCUUUUUUGUUAUGCCUGAGUACAAAAUGACCUUAAAAGGGAAACGUUUCAGAGCUGUGCAAAAAUGUCCGAUACUCACAGAGACAGUGACCAGCGGUAUGUCACCGAUGACAUGUAUUGUGUGUUCACAAUAUUGUAAUUAACCAAGAGAAGUAUUUAUCUCUGAGAAAUUAGAAAGCCAACACCUAUAACCCCAAACCAAAUAUACAUGAGAUCACAGAUGAUGUGACCAUGUUUUGAAUGAUGUACCAUGAUGCUACAAUAAGUAAGCAUAUUCAUGGUUGCAGUGAAAUCAGUAAUGAUAACAAAAAGGCACCUGAAUGUAAUCGGGUGUGAAAGCUCACCUCUUGGCUGACUUCCUGGACAUGGUGUGCAACCUGGAGGUGACCUAUGACCCCUCAAAUGAAUGGCAGAUUUCCUAUUUUGAAUUUUCCAGACUAAGCAUUAAAGUUUAGGAACAUACAUUAAGAGAAGGAGACAGGACAUUUUUACUAUGGCCUUGAGGAUUUGCAAUCUGUGAUUGCCUUUGUAUUAUAUAAUUGAGUGCUUUUGUCACUACUAUACCAGUUCAGUUUUAUUACUUGUACAUCAUUAUAUAUUGCUUACAUGUAUAAUCACUUCCCUAUAUAAUCAGACAGGUAUUACCACACUAGACCUAGUUAGUUCAAUAGAUGGGGGGCUAACGAAUAAAAGUGCAAUCACAUAUAUACUUGAGCCGACUAUUCUUAUUUAUUAUUUCUGACAAAGGUUAAGAGAUGAGACUCCGUGGACUCAGAUGCAGUGUGGAUAUAGAAAAGGUGCAUAAAAUAAGCAAUAACAGCAGUUUUUGUAAAAAAAACAAAAAGUAUGUCUGAGAUGACUGUAUACCAAUGACUAUUCUCACCGUGAGAAGAUAAAAAACAUUGUGUCAAACUGUUUGUAAAUUCUCCUAGUAGUUAAAAUGUUAGUAAAUGGGAAUACAGAUUAUUAUGUGUUAUGUUUUGUGAUGUAUAGAUCACAGAGGGGUUGGUUGGUACGCCUGGUUCGGUGUGAAUCUUUGCUCAAUUUCAGGUGUUCGUCCCAAAUGGCACCCUAUUCCCUAUAUACAUAUGGGCCGUGGUCAAAAGUAGUGCACUAUAUAGGGUGCCAUUUUGGAUGCACUCCAGGUGUGCUGCUGGGAGAAAAGGAAGCUUUAUUAUUGGGGUGGUUGAAACACCUAUUAUUUCAAUGUGUAGAGAGUGUGAGUAUGUGUUUUCAGCUGUGCAUCAUUUUUAUUACCUUGGAAAAUAAAAAGGAACUCCUAAUGACGUGUGCGUAUCUACAUUAUGUCUACAUCGUUCUGCCAACCAUACAGAUACAAGAAGAUUUGUGUGCACAUCAUUUUGAGCCCAAUGCAUGAAGUGUUUGUAUGAGAGUUUACCCCAUUGGUAAGUUUGCCAUCUGAAAAUGUAAUUGAUACAAACACAUAAGGUAUGCAAGUGAGACAUAACAAAAAUAUAGAUGCUAUUUUAUUCAGAAUUUUGAUCACUAAUAAAUUGUUUUAUUCUGUCUUGGAAAACGCAGGAGGUAUAGUGGAGAUUCUGUCUGCGUCCAAAAGGGUACCCUAUACCCUAUAUCAGGGAUGGGCAACUGGCGGCUGCCCCUUCUUUUGUAGGCCCACGGAACAAUUUCCCCCUUUACAAUUUCCCCCUUUACAAUUUCCCCCUUUAGAAUAGUAGAAUACACAAGGUGCAAUUUAGACAUUUGGUUGUGCAUCAUCAGUUUUUAUUUUGUUAUGUCAGUUAAUAGCUAGGUUGACUUGUUGCGGAUAAAAGUCUUUGCGCAAUGAUAUGGUGCACAAAAUAAAUGACCACUCUGGUAUUGGCAUGUGCGCUCUAGCCAACUGCUCACAGAAACAGUGCAGGUAUAGCCUACAUGAAGAGAUUAUUAUGGACAAAAGAGCAAGAUUAUUUUUAUUUGUCAAAGGCAGCCAAGCAUCGAUCAUCAUGUCACCAGAAUAAUAACACCCUCUAUCUAGAGCAAUGAUGUUUUGGGGCUGUCGCUGGGCAACACAGACUUUCAACUCCCUCCAAAGAUUUUCUAUGGGGUUGAGAUCUGGAGACAGGCUAGACCACUCCAGGACCUUGAAAUGCUUCUUAUGAAGCCACUCCUUCGUUGCCCGGGCGGUGUGUUUGGGAUCAUUGUCAUGCUGAAAGACCCAGCCACGUUUCAUCUUCAAUGCCCUUGCUGAUGGAAGGAGGUUUUCACUCAAAAUCUCACAAUACAUGGCCCCAUUCAUUCUUUCCUUUACACGGAUCAGUCGUCCUGGUCCCUUUGCAGAAAAACAGCCCCAACGCAUGAUGUUUCCACCCCCAUGCUUCACAGUAGGUAUGGUGUUCUUUGGAUGCAACUCAGCAUUCUUUGUCCUCCAAACACGACGAGUUGAGUUUUUACCAAAAAGUUAUAUUUUGGUUUCAUCUGACCAUAUGACAUUCUCCCAAUCCUCUUCUGGAUCAUCCAAAUGCACUCUAGCAAACUUCAGACGGGCCUGGGCAUGUACUGGCUUAAGCAGGGGGACACGUCUUGCACUGCAGGAUUUGAGUCCCUGGCGGCGUAGUGUGUUACUGAUGGUAGGCUUUGUUACUUUGGUCCCAGCUCUCUGCAGGUCAUUCACUAGGUCCCCCCGUGUGGUUCUGGGAUUUUUGCUCACCGUUCUUGUGAUCAUUUUGACCCCACGGGGUGAGAUCAAGAUCGAGGGAGAUUAUCAGUGGUCUUGUAUGUCUUCCAUUUCCUAAUAAUUGCUCCCACAGUUGAUUUCUUCAAACCAAGCUGCUUACCUAUUGCAGAUUCAGUCUUCCCAGCCUGGUGCAGGUCUACAAUUUUGUUUCUGGUGUCCUUUGACAGCUCUUUGGUCUUGGCCAUAGUGGAGUUUGGAUUGUGACUGUUUGAGGUUGUGGACAGGUGUCUUUUAUACUGAUAACAAGUUCAAACAGGUGCCAUUAAUACAGGUAACGAGUGGAGGACAGAGGAGCCUCUAUUUAUUGGAAAGGAGCAUCAAGCUCAUCACCGUGCACUUUCACCACCCUGUGAAGUUCAUCGUCAUUUAUUUAAUCUGUAGCCUAAUAAACUGCAUGCUUUCCUGAGUUGUAGUGGGAGGACCACACAACAUGUCAUCGUGUGAGUCCAAGUUUUCUUCGAUAUGAUGGUUAUCAUAUCAAUAUUUGCGCAUAAAAGUGUUUCCACCUCCAUUUCUCGCAUAAUUCAUUUUACUGACACAAAAGGAUCCCACCUUGUCUAGUGUAUUUAGUUUUGGCAACAUUUGGCAAGUUUACCGACAAAUUUGCUGUUUCCAUCAGGCCUUCAUUUUUUUUUUCCGACAUGUACUUUACGCGCAUAAACAGGUAGGAUGGAAACCUGGUUAGUGACAGUCACUCAAUUAGCCCAUGUCAGCAAAACAGUAUUAAGUCAGGGUGUAUGCAGACCAGAGCUCUGCUAUCCGACCCGAGCCCAACAGCCCUGACAUUAUACAUCGGGUUAGAGCCGGGUAAGGCCUGUUUUUUCAUUAAUAACUAGGGUACGGGCAGGGCUCGGGUAUUACUAAUUGAUCACUAACAUUUUGAAACUGAGCCAUUUGCGCGUGCUCUGCUGCGCAGUACAUUCAUAUCUGACUAAGAUCAUAACAUGGUGUCAGAAGUGCAUCAACCUCAUCAACUAUAAAACAGGAGAGAUUAUUUCACAGAAAAUAAUAAUGUUCUUUGAGUUUUGUCGUAGUUUAGAGUUACGAAAAUUAGCUAACAGCAAACUGCUGUCAUGACACUUUAUUGAGAGCAGAGCAGUCCAAGCGGAGCCGUUGUUAUGGAUACUCACAUACUCAGAGCGCCAUGAGCAGAGUACAUGCAGAGCGAGCUGAGCGUAAGGAGCGAGUGACAGACAGACAGAGAGGAGCAGCUAAUGGAUUUACUAACGUAGGAAGUGAUUUCAGGUUUCGGGCAGGGCCUUAAAUUUGGCAGAAGCAAUUGGGCCUGGGUAGGGUAGGGCUUAAAAUUAUUUUUGUGGCCCUCACCCCCAUCAAAGUUGCCCAUCCCUGCCUUAUAUAGUGCACUAUAUAGGGAAUAGGGUGUCAUUCGGGACAUAUUAUUAUGAAUAACUCCCAUGGUGCUGCCCUUCAACCUUUACUUGCUAAGCUGAUGCUUUCAACAGUUGCUGAGUAACCUAGUGAGUCAUCGCUCUCUCUGGGUGUGCAAGGGCAACGAUUAUUAAAGGCACAAGCUACAGCAUAGUUAGAGGAUUAUUAGGACAAACUGCAGUAUUAUAGAGGAAAAGAAUACUUUGUCCGUUUUCAUUUAGAGAAUGGAUUUCUUUCUCAUCCAUUUUAUUCAUCACUGUCCUAAUUCUAACUCGAUCUGCCAUUGAACUCCACGUUUGUUUACAAGACUGGAUGACAACAGGAAUUCCUGCCACUUAAUUACUACGUGUCAAGAUGGCUUCCACAAAGCAAUAGUGUCCAAAAGUGCUGGGGCAUCAGCGCAGCUCCAUUGGAAGCUCGAUUAGCCCGGCUUGUUAUUGUUGUGUCUGUGGCAGGGGAAGCUGAAUAGAGCAGGACAGUCUUUUGUCUGAGGCCCCUGUCACAGUCUCGACUACCAUUAUAAUGUACUCAUCUAUUUUCCCCUUUUCUCUCACUCCCUGUCAACCCUCCCCUCGUUGAACUUAUAUACCCCUGCCUGUCACUAGGAUCACUAUCAUAAGAGGAGGAGCACCCCCUACCCAAUCUGCUCCCCCCUCGUGACACGCCUUUCUGGAGAGCAGUCUUCUAUUUAUACCUAGCAGGGGACUGACAGUUAACCUUUUGCACUGGGGACAUUUCUGGGAGUGAGGCCAAUUUUCAGGCCGGAUUCAGCCCUCGUUCUGAGAGCGUUGGGUCUCUCCCGACAGGGCAGCGAUCCAGCGCCACAUGCCACGGCUACGUUCCCCCUCUUAAUAUCUCCUCCUCCACUCAGUCAGAAUAAUUGGCGAGGCCUCAACCCUUUUCAUUUCCCCCAGAGCUGACUGAAGGACUCCAAUAGACAACCGUUCAAGCCAGCACAAAUCUCUCUCUCUCUCCUCUGCCCUUGUCUCUCUUUCCUCUGCCUCCCUCUCUCCUCUGCAUCACGUCCUCCUCUCAUACAUCAGCAGUUAGAAAACCACACAGGUCCUGAUACAGUGCCCUGUGGGCCAACUUGACCCAACACUUGACAGUUGGGCUGUACGUAUUAUGGUACCAUAUUAUUUUCCAUCCACCUCAGGUGGUGUCAAAGCCAACAGCAUGUUAUCAUGUCAGUGUGCUCUAGGGAGCCUUACUGUGCUAGUUCUAAUCAUUGUGAGUGUGAUAUGAUAUGAUUGUGUACCUGUCUAUGUACAGUACACAGGGCCUGAGCUACAUGGCUACAUACAGUGUAUGUAAUAGAGAUGGCACCGACAAACAUGGCAGCUCUGCUUCUAGCUCCUAAGCAACUUUGCAGUAUUGUUUUUUGUGUGUGUUAUUUCAUACAUUAUUAGCCCAGAACUUUUUUUGUGUUAUUACAUACAGCCGGAAAUAAUUUUUGGAUAUCAGAGCGGCGGUAUAUAUUUCUUAAUUCCAUUCUUUUACUUUUAGAUUUGUGUGUAUUGUUGUGAAUUGUUAGAUACUACUGCACUGUUGGAGCUAGGAACACAAGCAUUUUGCUACAUCUGCUAAAUAUGUGUAUGUGACCAAUACAAUUUGAUUAGAUUUUUAUUUCAGGAAGUAUUCAGACCCCUUGACUUUUUCCACAUUUUGUUACGAUACAGCCUUCUUCUAAAAUGGAAUUAAUAAAAAAAAUUCUCAUCAAUCUACAUACAUCACCCCAUAAUGACGAAGCAAAAACACGUUUUUAGACAUUUUUACGAAUUUAUAAAAAAAAUAAAAAACGGAAAUACCUUAUUUACAUAAGUAUUCAGACCCUUUGCUAUGAGACUCGAAAUUAAGCUCAGGUGCAUCCUGUUUCCAUUGAUCAUACUUGAGAUGUUUCCACCUGUGGUAAAUUCAAUUGAUUGGACAUGAUUUGGAAAAACCAAACCAUGAGGUCGAAGGAAUUGUCUGUAGAGCUCCGAGACAGGAUUGUGUCGAGGCACAGAUCUGGGGAAGGGUACCAAAACAUUUCUGCAGCAUUGAAGGUCCCAAAGAACACAGUGGCCUCCAUCAUUCUUAAAUGGAAGAAGUUUGAAAUCACCAAGACUCUUCCUAGAGCUGGCUGCCCGGCCAAACUGAGCAAUUGGGGGAGAAGGGCCUUGGUCAGGGAGGUGACGAAGAACCCGAUGGUCACUCUGACAGAGCUCCAGAGUUCCUCUGUGGAGAUGGGAGAACCUACCAGAAGGACAACCAUCUCUGAAGAACUCCACCAAUCAGGCCUUUAUGGUAGAGUGGCCAGACAGAAGCCUCUCCUCAGUAAAAGGCACAUGACAGCCCGCUUGGAGUUUGCUAAAAGCGACGUAAAGGACUCUCAGACAGUGGCGGCUCCUGAAAAAAUUCUCAGGGGGGGCAAUUUUUCUGAUGAUUUAGGUGGCCUACACACAUUUUAAAAAAGAUAUGUCCAGCAACAACAUGAAGACAGGGGCAGCAUAUAAGUCAAUACCAGAAGCAUUUAUUGACUGAUCUCAAAAGUGUUGGCUUACAAAAGCAAAAUAAGUUAUCACAGUAAAAAUAAUCAAGGGUGUUCUUUCACAUUCCUCAACACUGCAUAAACAAUAUGCAUUUCCAUAAAACACCUCAUCUAAUUGUGCCACAAAGUUGACAAGUCCAAGAAAAAUACCAGGGUUGGUGGAGCCCUCAGUUUCAUCUUUGCCUCGCAAAGCUAACUCAAACACUCCGCAAAACUUCACACACUGGAUUAGCCGGCUGAGGAUGUGGCGGUUCUUGCUAACCUCAUCGUUGUGGUGGCGGACAGCUAGCCUGUAUCCCUCAUCCAGUUGAGUGGCAAUGUUCACUCUCCCAAAAGCAGACAAUCUCAAACAGCUAUCCAUGUGGGUCUUUGACAGCUCAUGUUUCUUAAUCUUUUCUGAAAGAUGGUGCAUGUCCGUUACACCAGUCGCUGUCCAAGCGGUGCUGUCUGCCGUGCCGCCUUCAGGGUGAAAGAGUAAGCAGGGGUAGCAGAAGACUGCAUUAGCUACAUCGCAGCCUGCUAGCCAGGUUUUUCGUUCGCACCAAUUUUUGGAAAAUCCUCGGGUGUAGGACUUUCCCCCUUUAGUAGAAACCUGUUGAAUUAUUAAAUUUGGUCUGGGAGGUCCUAAUUGUUUCGUUGCCAAUUUCAAUUUAUCUUGAUUUGUUCGCCGACGUAUGACGAAAGCGCGUAAGUGCAAGCCCUCCCGGAACCCAUAGAGAUUGUAUUGAAAGCUCUGAUAUUUGAAAAAAAAAGAUUUUACAUGAGAGUCUAUGAGAGACUUCUGGGGCGAUUUUCAACCUGACUGAAAUCGCCCCAAAAGGGGCGGGGCCAUUUGAAGCACAACUUUAGCCUGAUUGGACAUUUAGUGGCAGAUCAGACAUCUAGAUUAGAACACUGAUAACUACUGUUGCCGUGAUAUAAUUGAUUAGAAAAAAAUCCCUUCCUUUUCCCGUUUGGCAGUGCGUCGCCCAUAUCGCCCUAAUGAACACACCGCCCUUGCUCUCAGACCAUGAGAAACAAGAUUCUCUUGUCUGAUGAAACCAAGAUUGACUCUUUGACCUGAAUACCAAGCAUCACGUCUAGAGGAAACCUGGAACCAUCCCUACGGUGAGGCACGGUGGUGCUUAACACAUGACUCAGGGCUCUGACAGGAUGUUCUAAAUCAGGAGAAACUGGAAAAGUGAGAGGGAGAGGGAGAACUCUCUCUUCUAGACACGUAUACCAUUUAGGGGGAUUAGGGAGGCCUUGAGGAAGGGGUAUCACAUUUUACUGCAACCCCAGUUUUAGAUAAUCUUUUCACAGUUGGACACCAUGGUCCACUGUAUAAUAGCCCUAUAGUCUACUGUCAAGAACUGCAGAACUCAGCCUUAUGUUAAAGUCGUCAAUAAUGUUCUUCUCCGAUCCCCAUUGUGGAUGUUACCACUGUAGGAAGAUGUCUGUUGUUUGCUGAUAUUGAUUCAGAUGUUGAGCAUGAUAUAUGAACAUGGGCUUUCCUCUCGCUCCCUUCAGGGUGGUGUCGAGAAACUCCACAACGACUGAACAGAGAUCAGCUGAAGAGGAGAAAGAAGGAAGGCUGACAAUAUGGAGAGCAGGCGUAACGGAACCAAGUCUGCCGUCAUGGGGAGAGACAUUUAAAUUAGAAAGAAAAUAGACUCUUAUUAUUUUGUUACUACUUUUCUGUGCGUUAUAACAAAGAGCUAGCCAGAACACUACCCCCCCCCCCCCCCCAAAAAAAUUGUAAAGUGGUUAUCCCACUGGCUAUAGGGUGAAUGCACCAAUUUGUGAGUCACUCUGGAUAAGAGCGUCUGCUAAAUGACGUAAAUGUGCCCUUGAGCAAGGCACUUAACCCUAAUUGCUCCUGUAAGUCGCUCUGGAUAAGAGCGUCUGCUAAAUGACUAAAAUGUAAAUGUAAAUGUAAACACCCUUGACCUAACGUGCCAUGACUUCUGCACCUCCUGGUGGCCAAAAUAACUUAUAGUAUUAGGCUAGCAGUUAGCCGCUAUGCUAUCCCUAUUAGGGUCCAUAUAGCAUUAGUCCUGAAGGUAGCCGCAAAGCUAUCCCUGUUAGGGUUCAUA